AUGGACAGGGUGCUGGGGGAGAAUCAUCCCGACACUAUCUCCACUAGGGGAAACCUGGCUCUAUCCUACAGCCACCAAGGCCGUUAUGAGGAGGCUGAAGUACUAGAGGAGCGAGUGAUGCGAGAGUCAAUGAGAACCCUUGACGGUGAACAUGUCCAAACACUUACAUAUAUGGCAAAUCUGGCCCUAAUGUAUUAUGAGCGAGCUAAGUAUGAGGACGCAAAGAAGCUCGCAACAGAAGUUCUGACUAAGGGGGCUAAUAUCUUUGAUGAGACGCAUCCUACGAGGCUUUCCUGGUUGAACAACCUCGCCGUUUGUCUCCACGAACAGGAAGAAUUCGAUAGUGGACUUGAGCUAGGGAGGCGAGUCAUAGAGAUGAGAAAGGAGGUGCUAGGAGAUGACCACCCGGAAACGCUUAUCAGCAUGGCCAAUCAGGCCAUGGCGUACAAUAACCAGGGAGAACGGAAGAAGGCCGAAGAGCUUAUGGCAAAUGUGGUUUCCACAAGCGAAUUAAGUUUAGGGGAAAAUCAUCCUUCUACAUUGAUCAGCUGCUACAACCUAGCGUUGAUUCAUGUAGGACAGGGCGAGUGGCAGGUGGCCCAGGAGAUAUGGGCAUCACAUCUGAGGAAUAUGAUGAUGGCUUUAGGGGAGAAGCACCCAAUUACCGUUCGAUGUUCGAGCUAUCUCACCUUGCUCAACAAGAUGCUCAACCAUAAUGAGAAUGAAAUGAAUCUAGAAGCAGAGUAA